AUGAAUUUAGAAAUUAAAUUAUGGAAAAUAAAUAUUUUAAUAUGUAUAUUUUGUUCGAAUGCGUUGUCUCGCGAAGACGUUGGUGAUAGAUCACAAAAUCCAACUUAUUAUAAAAUUGGUGGAGUUUUAAGCAGUAAUCAAAGCGAAGCUUAUUUUCAAAAUAUUAUAUCCAAUUUAAAUUUUGAAAGUGCUUACGUUCCAAAAGGUCGAACUUUUUAUUAUACCACAUUUCAAAUUGAUAGAAAUCCAAUUAGAACGGCUUUAAGUGUUUGUAAAUUUCUUAUUCGGGAACAAGUAUAUGCUGUUGUGGUAUCUCAUCCUCUGACCGGAGAUUUAUCUCCAGCUGCUGUUUCUUACACUAGUGGUUUCUAUCAUAUUCCAGUUAUAGGAAUUUCCUCAAGAGAUUCUGCUUUUUCUGAUAAAAAUAUUCACGUUUCGUUUUUAAGAACGGUUCCUCCUUAUUCACAUCAAGCCGAUGUUUGGGUUGAAUUGCUGAAACAUUUAAAUUACAUGAAAGUUAUUUUUAUACACAGCUCUGAUACUGAUGGAAGAGCAUUGUUGGGAAGAUUUCAAACCACAUCUCAAAGUUUGGAAGAUGAUGUUGAAAUUAAAGUAUCUGUUGAAUCCGUUAUAGAAUUUGAAGCCGGACUGGAAAGUUUUGUUGAUGAGUUAAACGAAAUGGCCGCCGCUCAAGCAAGAGUGUAUCUUAUGUAUGCCAAUAAAGAAGACGCGGAAAUCAUAUUCAGAGAUGCCGAACGACUUAAUAUGACUGAAGCCGGUUAUGUUUGGAUUGUAACGGAACAAGUAUUAGAUGCAAAAAAUGUUCCAGAAGGUUCGAUUGGAUUGCGUUUAGUUAAUGCAACCGACGAGAAAGCUCAUAUACAAGAUAGUAUUUACAUAUUAGCUGCUGCCAUACGAGAUAUGAAUGAAGUUGAAGUUAUAACAGAAGCUCCAAAAGAUUGUGACGAUACUGGUACCGUUUGGGAAACAGGAAAAUUAUUAUUUGAAUAUAUAAGAAAGCAAGAACUUCUUAAUGGAUCUACAGGGAAAGUCGCAUUUGAUGAUAAUGGUGAUAGAAUAUUUGCCGAAUACGAUGUCAUAAACAUUAUUGAAAAUAGAAAUAAAGCUCCCGUUGGAAAAUAUUUUCAUGCAGCCGAUCAAAAUAAAAUGAAACUCAUUAUUGAUGAGUCGGCUAUAAUUUGGCCUGGUCUUCAAAAAGUUAAACCGGAAGGUUUCAUGAUUCCAACUCAUUUAAAAGUGUUAACGAUUGAAGAAAAACCUUUUGUAUACGUCAGAACAAUUAAAGAACCCGAAGACAAAUGUGAUAAAAAUGAAAUUCCAUGUCCAUUUUUUAAUGCCACGGAAGAUGAUUAUCAGCUUCGAUGUUGUAGAGGAUUUUGCAUGGAUUUAUUGAUGGAACUGUCUAAAAUCGUUAACUUUACAUAUUCUUUAGCAUUAUCUCCAGAUGGACAGUUUGGAAGCUACGUCGUUCGAAAUACUGGAAAUAAAAAAGAAUGGACAGGUUUGAUUGGAGAACUGGUUACGGAACGAGCGGAUAUGAUUGUGGCACCUUUAACAAUAAAUCCCGAGAGAGCCGAAUUUAUCGAGUUUAGCAAACCGUUUAAGUAUCAGGGAAUCACAAUACUCGAGAAAAAACCUUCUCGAUCAUCAACUUUGGUCUCAUUUUUGCAACCCUUUAGUAAUACGCUGUGGAUUUUAGUUAUGGUUUCGGUUCACGUCGUAGCAUUAGUUCUUUACCUUCUGGAUAGGUUUUCUCCAUUCGGACGAUUUAAAAUUGGCAACGCCGAAGGAACCGAAGAAGACGCAUUAAAUUUAUCAAGUGCUAUUUGGUUUGCAUGGGGAGUUCUUCUCAACAGCGGAAUCGGCGAAGGUACUCCCAGAAGUUUUUCCGCGAGAGUGCUCGGCAUGGUUUGGGCUGGAUUCGCAAUGAUUAUUGUUGCUUCGUACACUGCCAACUUGGCUGCCUUUUUGGUUUUGGAGAGGCCAAAAACAAAAUUAAGCGGUAUUAAUGAUGCAAGGCUCCGGAACACAAUGGAAAAUUUGACUUGCGCCACAGUCAAAGGCUCAGCAGUUGAUAUGUACUUUCGAAGACAAGUAGAACUAAGUAAUAUGUACAGAACGAUGGAAGCAAAUAAUUACGAUACCGCGGAAGAAGCAAUAAAUGAUGUCAAAAAUGGAAAAUUAAUGGCGUUUAUUUGGGAUAGUUCAAGAUUAGAAUAUGAAGCUGCACAAGAUUGUGAAUUGGUCACGGCCGGCGAAUUAUUCGGAAGAUCCGGAUACGGAAUAGGUUUGCAAAAAGGUUCACCCUGGGCUGAUGCUGUAACAUUGGCUAUUUUAGAUUUUCACGAAAGUGGUUUCAUGGAAAGUUUAGACAAUAGGUGGAUACUGCAGGGAAGUAUUCAGCAUUGCGAACAAAAUGAAAAAACUCCAAAUACUUUAGGUCUUAAAAAUAUGGCAGGAGUAUUUAUACUGGUCGGUGCUGGGAUAGUAGGAGGAAUCGGUUUAAUAAUUAUCGAAAUGGCUUAUAAAAAACAUCAGAUAAAAAAACAAAAACGAUUGGAAUUGGCUCGUCACGCGGCUGACAAAUGGCGAGGAGCUAUUGAGAAAAGAAAAACACUCAGAGCUACCGUCGCGGCUCAAAGACGUCUCAAAGGAAAUGCAAUAACAGAUGAAUCCAUAAGUUUAUCCGUUGAAACUUUACCCCGAUGUGUUGGAGCACAAGCCAACUCACCAAUACGACUCUGGACCGAUAUAAGACAUAGAAAAUCCGAAGCUGAAUUUUCAUCAGAUCCUUUGGUUUAA